UCCAGAGCAGUCAUGCCCAGCUUGGAAAACUCCUUGAUCCUCACAGCCUACAUCAUCAUCUUCCUCACUGGUCUCCCCACCAACAUCCUGGCGCUGCGGGCCUUUGCGGGGCGCGUCCGCCAGCCUCGCCCCGCCCCCGUCCACAUCCUCCUGCUCAGCCUGACGCUGGCGGACCUCUUGCUGCUCUUGCUGCUGCCCUUCAAGAUAGUGGAGGCCGCGUCUGACUCCCGCUGGUACCUGCCGCAGCUAGUCUGUGCCCUCGUGGCUUUUGGCUUCUACAGCAGCAUCUACUGCAGCACGUGGCUCCUGGCGGGCAUCAGCGUCGAGCGCUACCUGGGAGUGGCUUUCCCCGUGCAGUACAAGCUGUCCCGCCGGCCCGUGUACGGAGUGAUUGCUGCUGUGGUCUCCUGGAUCUUGUCCUUUGGUCAUUGCACCCUGGUGAUCAUCAUUCAGUACUUUAACUCAACCCAGGGGGCCACAAAUGAGAGUAGCAUAACCUGCUAUGAGAACUUCACCCCAGAGCAGCUGAAGGUGGUGCUUCCCGUGCGGCUAGAGCUGUGCCUCGUCCUCUUCUUCAUUCCCAUGGUGGUCACCAUCUUCUGCUACUGGCGUUUUGUGUGGAUCAUGCUCACCCAGCCCCAUGUGAGGGCCCAGAGGCGGCGCCGGGCUGUGGGGCUGGCUGUGGUGACCCUCCUUAAUUUCCUGGUGUGCUUUGGGCCAUAUAACAUAUCCCACCUGGUGGGGUUCCACAUGAAGGCAAGCCCCAGGUGGCGGGCAGAAGCCGUGGUAUUCAGUUCCCUCAAUGCCAGUCUGGACCCCUUGCUUUUCUAUUUCUCUUCUUCAGUCGUGCGCAGGGCCUUUGGAAAAGGGUUGCAGGCACUGCGGCAUCAGGGCUCCUCCCUGCUGGGAUGCAGAGUCAAAGAGACAGCAGAAGUGGCGAAUGUGGACAGGGGUGUGAGUCAAACAGAGGGAGCGCCGAGUUCUGACUUCACCACGGACUAAGGACGUCCCUGGACCUUCGGAGGCAUUCUGGGUUUUGUAUGAAUUGAGCAGGCUGGGAGAGGGAGAACACGGGAUCCUGGCCCGGAUUCGGGAAUCCUCAGACCCAAACCACGACUGGGACUGUAAAAAAUC